AUGGCAGCUCCUCUUCCCCGCCCUCGCAUCGCCAGCACGCUCAUCGCUGAGCGCGACGGCCUUGAGCAAGACAUCCGAAACAACAACGCAGCAAUCGAACAAUGGGCCGUCUUGCCAAGGUGGAACUGGCAGGAGCUUCAAGUGGCGCGAAUUCUGGGGCGACGCCUCGAACGCGAGGUCAUUCUACUCACCAUCGAAAUCGACAUUGCCUUGACGCGAGAGGUGGCCAACAUGGAGUGGCUCAUGUCACUAAGCCAAGGUGCUGGCCGGUGGAACAGCAGCUUGGAUUUUGGCCGUGACAGUGGCGAGAUCAGUGUACCUGGGUAG